UGAAAGGGCCUAUAAAGCCACGUGGAAUGAAGGUGGUUAUAAUGGGGACUCACUCACAUCAAAUGCAGUGUGGAUUGAUUCUCUCACUUAGGUCACAACGAGGUUGAUCCAGCCCAGCCCCGCCCCUCCUCCUUCUUCAUCUGCACGGUUUCUCACACUUUCAUUCUCUUGCAACACUCACAUCACACACGGCAUCAUCAUCCCCAUUCUGAACUCAACUUAGCAUCGUUGUGCCCAGUUUCCGCUUCUCUUGCUCGCAUUGCCCACGUACCCAAGUACUUGUGUGCGGCUCGUCGUGCAGCCUUGCUCUGGAGUCAGUCUCAAGCAUGGUGGCCCCAAACCCAGUUCGGUGCUUUGGUGUGGGAUGGUUGGGAACCAUGCAAGCUGCGUUGUGAGGAAUUGUUUUUGGGGGUGGGAGUGUGGGAUUUGGAUGCUUUUGGCGGUUUGAAGGUGGUGCUCAAGGAUGCCGGUGCUGGGAAUGGAUGGUUGCUGGAAACUGGGGAGGAGAGGGUUUUAGUGAGGAUUAGGGAAGGAUUAUGUCCCCAAGGGUUUAUGGAGGGAGCCAUGGCAGUGUAGUAUUCAGCCUUUUCUGAGGCUCGCUCUCUGGAUCGUCCUCCCGCAUCGCUGGUGCUCAUGAAAAUCCUAUCAUGAAGAACUCAAUGUUAAGGUUGGAGAAUUCAGAUUAAAUGGUUUUUAAGAGAAAAUUUGCUACUAUGAUUGAGAAACAAGUCCAUAUUGCUGUUCAUCAGUACAAAAAGGCAAACAUGAAAAUUUGAAAAUAAUGUGAAAGGAAAUGAAGAAUAAUUUUCUUUAAAGUUGCUGGAAAGGAAAGAUGGAAGCUCAAAGUCACACAGUAGGAGAUGUUUUUCUCGGUUAUAACAGAUCUAUUUUAUCUGGAGCAUUACGUUCUACUCAGGAAAAAGAAGAAGCUAUAAAACAACAAACAAACUGUAAAAAACGACCUAGAUUUUUCGAACUUCUUGCAACAGUAGCUGGACAAUUUCUUCAAAAUGAUGGAGAUUUUGAAGGAAAUAGUGAAUUUAUUGACCCCAAAGGAUUUUCAAAUGAUUGCAAGCGUCUAAUGCUGGACACCGAAGCUUCACAUUUGGUAGAAAUUCCAAUUCCAACAAAUUGCCAGCUUAACCUCAAUAUCCAUUGCCAAGAGGAUAUGUUUAUGAAACAUGAUUGUAGUCAAGCAACUGUUGAAGGUGGAAAUAACGUUGUUGAAAAUGAACAAUAUAUUAUUUCUAAAGACCCAUCAUUAAACAAUGACAAUGCAAGCAAUAUUACAAAGCUUUAUAAUCAAAUAAGGGGAGAAAAUUUAUCACAGGAGGCCAUGAACAGAAGCCAACAACAAGUUUAUACAUUAAGUCAAUCACAUGAUCCGAUUUGUGAAAGUUUCAAUUUGUUUCAUGAUUUGCAUUUGAAUUUUGAAGGCCUUCAGGCAAUAAGCAGUUUUUUUAACAACAAAAAUAGUGAAUCUAAAAACAUUGAUGCAUGUAAAAAUACUUGUUUUUCAAAAAAAGAAAACCUUGAGAUUUUAUGUGAUGAUUCAUUGAAUGUACAAACCACAGAAAAAGAACACAAUGUUCUAAUUAAAUCUUUAAUUUCUGAUUCGAAACAUUUGGGUUGUAUAAACCCUUCUCGACCAAUAAAUUCUGUAGAAAAUAUGGAUUAUCUUAAUUGCAAAACUAUAGAAAUGGAGGAUGUCAAAAGCUUUAUAAAAGAUCAUGACAAGGAAAAAAAAUUACAAUGUGAUGAAAUUGAAAGAACAAGAAAAAAACAAUUUUCUCAAGAGUCUUUUUAUGAUGAAAUUAUGAAUAAUCCACCAGAAGAUAUCAAAAGUGGUAUCAAACCUUGUGAAACAACUACAAAUAGCAACAAUGCAUUGAAAUUACAAAAAAAUCAACCACAUGAAGACGACCCAAAACCUAUGGAGAAUGUAGCACCUACCAAACAAGCAUUCUUUAAUGGAAUAGCCACUUGUACAAGACAAAGAACAAGUCGAAGAAUACCGCUAAAGCGAAAGCAAUUUGAAGAUGGUAAUAAAUGUUCUUUAGAGCCUCAAAUGAAUACCAAUUAUCCAAUUAAUGUAGAAUAUAAUGCGGUUUAUGGGGAACCUCCUGCUGCUGCAGCAAAACUCCGUAGAGCAGCAAGUGUGGCAUUGUCACCGAACUCCAAAGGAGCUGCAAAAAUUUCCACUAAAAAAUUUGUUGAACCCCAUGUUAAAUUUGGCAUUAACUCAUUUACAAUACCGGAGUUUUUUGUGGACCUUCCUGAAUCUGCAUCGAUAUCAACUCUAAAAGAGGCAAUCAUGGAAGCAACCAUGCGUUUGCUUGAGGGACCUCUCCGUGUGAGAGUCCUCAUGCACGGCAACAAGGUCAUGGAUGAAGGUGCCACACUUCUACAAUCCGGCAUCAUCUCCUCCUCUUCAUCCACCCCUCCUCCUCAUCUCAACUAUAACUCUAAUUCUAGCCUUCACCUCCCAAUGGAUGCCGUGAGCUUCAUGUUGGAGCCUAGUUCUAGUCCAUCGUCACCAUGUGCCAUGUUCGACAACCAUGCCUUUCAAUUGCACUCUUCAUUGUCUCCUUCUGCCAAAGAUUUAAGGACUUCUUAUGUCCAUGGUGCCAACCACAUUGAUCCAUUGCCUUUGCCGCGAUGUAGGUUCCAAGCUUAUGGUAUUUCAAGCUACUCUCAUUUUCAAGAGAUAGAAGCAAGCAACCGAGGGAGAAGCAACAUAUUGGCUACCAAAUCAAAUUUAACGGAACGGAUGGCAUUGUUGCCACACUCCAUGCGUGUGGCGGCUGUGGAAGCUCUUGCUGCCAUCCGUGCCCAAGCAGAUUCCAAUCGGCGAUCAAAGAAUGAUGAGACACCAUUUGGGUGUAGCUAUGGUGGUAGAGGUGGGAGUAAAGGAAUAGGAUUAGGGUUAGGAUUGGAGGAGUGUGGGACAAAGCCUAUGGUAGUGCACUACCAUCCACAUGGAAGGGUGGGCAUGCAUGGAGGAGGUCUUGCCUUAGUGCCUCUACCUACUAAGCCUCGCCCUUUAGACAUCACAAAGCGUCGAGUUCGUCGCCCUUUUAGUGUUGUUGAAGUGGAAGCACUUGUUCAUGCCGUAGAGAAGUUGGGCACGGGCAGGUGGCGAGAUGUGAAAAUUCAAGCAUUUGAACAAGCUAAACAUCGAACUUAUGUAGAUCUCAAAGAUAAAUGGAAAACUUUGGUCCAUACGGCACGUAUUGCCCCUCACCAAAGGAGAGGAGAGCCAGUUCCACAAGAGUUAUUAGAAAGGGUGACACGGGCUCACACUUACUGGACUACUCAGGCAGCUAAACAACAAGCAGAAUUAGACUGUUGAUUUUUGUGAAUUGAAGGAUAUACAAUGAAUACAAUUUGGGAAGACUAAAAAUUCUUGACUGUCAUUGAAGCACAAUUGUCAAUGUCUACCAAAUUCUAGUCCAAAUAAAUUUUACAAAAAUAGAUGGCAUUGGAAUUCAAAAAUCAUGUUGCUCCACUGUUUUAAAUGCAUCAUGUACUGACGCAAAUAUAUCCAAUACUGUCAAUUUUGUCAUUGUAAAUGCUUUCAGUUUAUGAUUGUUGGUUUGUAGAAUCAACAAAAAUAAAUAAAUAAAUAA